AUGGAUGAAGAUGAUGAUUUUGUUUCUACUGCUGUUAUUGGUCAAGAUUUUAAGGAGAAGAUAGAUUUUCUGUUAAAAAGUUAUACUUGUUUGAAGCCUGCUAUUGAGGAUUGGAACAAUCGUGCUUGGAAUCUGUUCCCAGGAAACCAAGAGAUUUUGAAGUAUGUUGCGAAACGUAAUGUUGAAUUUAACCAAGUUCAUCAAAAUCUUGUGUUAUUUUCUAGUCCAAAAGUAAAUCAACAUGUUGAACUUUCUAAGGAGUUGUCAAAUGUUGGAAAAGAAAAUGAAGAUGUUCCAGUUUUUGAGGAAUUAAGAGAUGUUCAACUUGAUCAACUGUCAAUGACAUAA